AUGAAACGUAACGCAGUAGGCGAGAUCUAUACAUCUGUCAAAACGGAGAAUUACACCGGAUCACUCGAUCCGGUGGCGAAGGGAUGGAACUUCUCGUCGACGGACUUCGCCGAGAUCACCAUGGACCGGAACUUCGCCCUGCUGCUGGUGUCGCUGAUAUCCGCGAUACUGUGGAUAGUUUAUAUAACUUACUAUAACAGUCGCGUCCUCGGCUACAUACUAACAAGGUUGAUUAACAAAUUCUACUUCCAAGAUGAAAACUUUAAAAUUGGUUCAUUCACUCUUAAUGCUCUCUCAGGCAAAAUCAUGUUCAGAGAUAUUGUUUAUAUAAAUUAUGACUACACACUACGCAUUCAAGAUGGUUACUUGAUAUUUAGGUGGUGGCGUUCCUAUGUGCCCAAAGAUGUCGCUGAAGAUUUAUCCCAUUCGGAUACUCGCCUCUCUAUUAUGUUAAAUGGUUUCGAAUUACAUUUUUACAACCGAUGCGAUCUAUAUGCUGAACUCGAAAAAACGUUUGGCCUCGAUCCCUACAUAAAACAACAGCACGACGACGACGAUUCAGCCGAUCGCGACAAGGCUAUGAAUGAUGCGAAUGAAAAACGAAGAAGAGCUCAAGACACGGUGCGAUCUGAAGCAGCCAUGGCUCGAACCUGGCGUGAUCUCAUACCAGUUAUCAAAAUUGAUAUUUGCUCGGGACGAGUUGUUUUCGGAAAUCGAUUGGUCCCGACUACAUUAUCGAUCAGUGUCGAAGAGGCUCACUUGAUGUAUAGUACUAAGCCGCCUGCGUCCAGUUUAGAUCACCUAAUGCAUUUUGUAAAGGCCAAAGCUGAAAAUUGUAAAGUUAUGUUAGCUCCUAGUCCAAAUUACACUGCUAUGGUCGAUGAACCACCUCGGUAUAUGGGCGAAGGAUUUGUCAUAAUGAGUUCGAAUUACAUAGAAGUUUAUUUCUAUAUGGAUGAGCCAGGCUUAGUACCAGAACAACCAGUAUUGUUGCAGUUAGCUAAUGGCGAUGUAGUGGAGUCGGCACCACCAAUUUGGGGAGUUGAUAUAAAGUGCGGAAAAGGUACAGAUUUUAGUUAUGGGCCUUGGGCAGAUCGACAAAGGGAUCAUUUGUUUAAAUUCUUUUUUCCCCCAAAUUACAAGAACUUGGAAGUUACGCCGCAGCCAAAACCUGGUGAUAGGAGACAGAUGCAGUCUUUCGAUAUACGAUUAUCGACUUUGAAUGAAGCUACUAUAGACAUAUUAUUUACAAAAAAUAAAGAAACUAAUGCUGUUCACAUUAAUAUCGGAGCAGGGUCUUAUCUCGAAGUUACUUUACCAUGGAUUGUACUUCAAGACGGCUAUACAACAAAAAUUACGGGGCAAUUACUACAUUUAGAAGCAACUACUAGUCUGCAAUAUAGGAGCUUAGCUGAAAGUGAAACUUUGGAGUAUACAGUUAAAUGCCAUUACCCAUUAGUAUGGAAUCAUCACCAGUGCUGGCAACUUUCAUUAACUGGCUGUAAGGCUACUGCUCAUUUUGUUUACACACAUAUUGAUUUCUUUCAAGAUCUAACCAACGACUGGGCUAGCAAAGCGCGACCAGAUAUAUUGCAUUUUGUCCCUUACACUUGGAAAAUAUCUUUGCUUUUAAAGGAAUGUGAAGUGGUUACUUUGAGUAAUCAAUACAACUGGAUAGAUUGCAGUUCUACGAACCAAGAAAAUAAUCAUGUUGCUUUUUGUGGUGAUUUAUUGGAUGUGUCUUUUGACUUACCCUUUACCGAUUUCUUGCCAGAUGUCAUACCAUUGAAGAUAUGGGUACAAGGAGAAGCUGUAGAUAUGAGCCUUUAUUUACCAGAGGUUAAUACUUCAAGACUUCUGCUGCUAUCUAUUGAUAAAAACAUGAAACUCGUUCCAUGCAGAUUAAAAGCCUCAAAAUGGCGCAGAAAAUGUGUCAAAAGUCAAGGUUGGGUAGACUGUUGGUCCGUCCCAAUAGUUGCGCUAAGUGUUCGAUACAACUAUCAUCCUAUACCGCCCCUAGGACCAGAACCUCAAGCAGAUAUUACUACACCCGAAAAGGAGGAAAUUCUUUUAUCACCAAUGAGAAUACCAAGGAUGAGAAAGCAACCACAGAUUAAUUGGGCAUUAGAUGGGAAUAACUUUGAUCGAACCACUCUUGCUCCAGAUAAAGUUAGUAUUGAACUUGAAGUGGGACCAUCUAUCCUACUUGCCUAUGGUACUAUAAUAACAAGUUUUAUGAAUCUGUUAGAAAACUUUUUCGGAGAAGAUCAAACUUUUACUGAUAUGCAAAAGGCACCAAAUAUGGAAACUUAUUAUUGGUCUAGUGAAAAUUCUACCAAACUGAAUGAUAGAAGUAGCAUAAAUCAACAUACAGAGAUAUCAAUUGACGAUACAAGUGAUACAAGCAAAGUGGCCUUCGAUCCGCGCCAUUGUCGACCUUUAGAAGUUACUGUGUCGAUUAUAAUUCACGAUAUUCAGGCCCAUCUUGUAAAAAAUUGCAGUGAAAAUGAACCGCCGUGCCCUGUGAUAUUAAUUGAAAGAUUUGGUUUCGAAAUGGACAAGAGUUUUCGGGAGACUAAACUUCAGCUUUUGUUGAGUCCAUCAAUAUUAGUGUCGUCUAACAGCCCCUCACGUUCUAACACGAAUGGUAGUAAUAAUUCAAAUACUCUCCAACAAGGACAUUUGAUGCUUUCGUCGUUUCAACUUCGCGGAAAUGGCUUUUUUAGUGACACUAAUAGAAAUGUCGAAGAAGAAACAAUCGAGUAUGCUUGGAUGAUGGAAUUACAAUUAGGACAAUUAACUGGACGACUGACUUUACCACAGCUUUAUCAAAUUAUUUCGUCACUUGAAACAUUCUUACUUCUCAUAAGUGACAAUGAAAAUGAAUUGACGUCACCGAACACCGCUAAACAAUGUCACCAUGGACUUAAUAAUGUUUUGUGUCCGGAAACAGACCUCACUCUCAAAUAUCGCUGUCCCACACCGAAUGAAAUAAAGUAUCGCAUGAUUCGUGUUGCUAUUGAUCUGAUUGAUCUUUACGUUGCAGACACAAACACUACAGUACAGUCCUGGAUUUCUCCAAUAAGACUGUCCUUCUGUAAUUUGCAUGGGUCUGGAUUUGGAACUGGUAUCACUGGACUAUUACCGAACAUCAAACUUGCGAUUUAUACGCAAACAAAUAUGCAAGCCAACACACAUCACCACUCCAGUGGAAGUAAUGGUAGUCAAAACAAAGUACCCGAAAAUGAAAAUUGGGUUGGGGUUGGAUCAAUGUCUUUAGGCCCUGUACUUAUAGAAGCAGCUGCAUCAUUACCACAAAGUCCGAAGAAUUUACAUCUCGUACAGCAAAAGUUUUUAAAGUUACAUGAUGAAAAAACUAAAAGAUUGUGGUUUUUAUGGCCAAGUGAAGGCAGAGGUAGUCAAUGCGGAUGUACCGGAGGCUGUGCAUUUUUUGGCUCUAAUAGAAAUGGUCCAAAUUUUUUAAAGCCAAGUCCUUCCGACUUACAUGAAGGAGUUAACAUCGCAAUUUUCAACAUAAUAGAAACGUCCCCUGGUGAAUACGGCUAUGGACAAAGUCUAUUACAUUCUGGUCAGUUAGUGUUCCAUACGCCACCUUAUAAUAACUUAAAUGUUUGUUUACAACCGACAAAUGUAUCAACAUUAAUACCAUCACCUUUACCACAAAACCUAAGCAAAUCUCCACAAAGUGUGGAAAGAAAGAGCCUCACCCGUAGGUUUUCUUAUACCAGCAUGGGUAAAGGAAGCAACAACGUUUUAGUUUCGAGCACAAAAAGUGACGUCCCGUACGCUCGUCUAGUUGAUUCUUCUGUGCCUCUCGGUAGUUCAAAAAUUGACAGUGAUUCAAAACUUAAUAAAACAAUACUAAAUGUACCCCAGAUGGAGAGCAGUGUUUCCGAUUCUAAAUUAGCACUCAGUUGUGGGUUAAAAGACAGUUCAAAUGGUAAAAGGUCAGUUCCAUCUGAAAAUGAACCAUUUGUCGUGCCAAGAGUACCACCCAGAAGUGUAGCGGUAUCUGAUUCUCAUUAUUCUCUAAAUUCUCAUCCUCCUCAGGAGGAUGCCGUAGCACAGGAAGUCCAGCGAACAGUAUCUAUCACGAGUGAAAAUCAUUCGGAAGCAUUUUUCUCAGCAGAUGAGGACAUGUUCCCAAGUCGUUCGUCAAGCUUAAAACAUUCUUUUGGAAGUCGUCGUAGUAAUCCUAAAGAUCAUACGUCAUACGUCGAGCCUAACAAUGAGAAAUGGUUAAAUAUCACACAGAGAUCAGAAACGAUUGAUGGUCACGACACGAUAAGUAACUUAAGUGCAGGCGUUCAGCCAGAUUCCGAGAGUGGUUCGGUAUCAUCAACCUCAUUCAUUUCUGCUAUUUCUUCGCAAGAAGACAUGACUCUUGUAAAUCUUCACAUGCAGACUAAUAAGCCCAUUGUAGAUUCGCCGUUACUCAUGUCAAGUUAUAUAAACAACCUGCCGCAGUUCCGAUGUUGCAACUGGUCAACUUGUUCAUUGCCAACUGGUAGUGACGUAUUCACGUUGCCACUUUUCAAGAGAGCUGAAGAUGGCUCAUUAGUAUAUGUUGGACAAAAGUAUCUUCCAACUUUUGAACAGGUUGGAAAAGUUCAGUCGUUAAAAUUGAUAUCGAAAAAAGAUGGCCAUAACACAUCUCAUUUCAAUUCUCAAAUUAAGUCUCAUCCAUAUCCACAAGCGUGGUGGGAUUUGCAACAGAAUGUACAAGACAAUCAAGAGAAUACCACAGAUAAGAGUACAACAUCUACGAUUACGACAACGAGCGAUAGUAAAAAUGGUCUUUUCGUAAAAUUGCGUGGUGAAAUCGAUGUGAUGCUAACACCGUUAGUUUUAGAAAGCACGCAAAAGUUUGUCGAAUCCUUGACACCAGUAUUAGCGAAUAUUCACCCUAUAACAGUGAUCAAUCAUUUGCGUUUGCUUUGUAUUUCUACAGUAGAAUCAUCUAAUAUAUUGAAACAAAAGCAGUAUGUCUUGAACUGGCUACCGCAAAUGCAGGCUACUAAUGAGUCAAGUAUUAUUAUGGAAAAGGACGAUAAAUGUAAGCUUGCAACAAUAUCACAUUCUAACGUAUACGAAGAGACGGUUUGUGAUCAACUUCAAGCCACAGUGGCAGUGCCAAAAGUUAACAUUAUUUUUAUUCAGUCGUCUGUCGUUGAAGAUAUGAUAUCCUUCUCAGCACUUGAUAACAUUCAAGAUUUGACAUGCGUUUCCCUGUUUGGCGUAUCCGUUGAAAAUGUUGUAGCCAAAUAUAUUAGCUCCAAGAAAACUUUAGAAUCUGUACAACUGUACUAUAGACCGACUCUUCGAACAUUGGGCAGUAAAAAGUCGUUCGGUAUCAUGAAGGGUCCUCGAGCGUUGAUUUCAACGCACUCUUCAGGUCGUAAACGAGGUCCGGAAAAAGGAGAACCAGUUUAUAUAGAGACAUCCCAACAACAAUGUGAAGAUACAACAAUUACCUUGAAUAUUGGAAAAGUUCACGGACAGUUGCGUCGUAUUCGUAAUGAAUCAUCUCAAUUAAAAGAUGCCACCAUAACUGGCAUUCCAUGUCUGCACUCCAAAGUCUCAUUUAAAUUCAUCAGAGGUGACUCAUGUGGCAAGGGAUGUGACAGCGCUGGUUGUCAGAACGGGGCGACAGAAGGUCAGAAAGAAAAUUCUAUCGGCUAUAUCAUGUUCGAAUGUGGUGUCGAGGGUGUAUCUAUUAAGGUGUCGAAACAUUCGCAAUCUCAUAAACCAAACGAGGAGAAGAAACCGCAAAAAAAUGAUAACGAAAGCUGUCGUGAGUCAGUUAAAUCUGCUGAAGAAUUGAAGCCCGAUAAGGAAAAAUCGAAAGGCUUACGAAACUCGGGAAUCGAGGAGUUGUUCCGAAAGAGGGAUUCCAAUUCUAAGCCCAGUACACCCAAUCUGAGCAGCGCCCAGGUGCCACCGGUGCCCCCCGCCCCGCCGCCCGCUGGCCCCGCGGCCCCCCCGCCCCCAGAGCCCGGCACGCCCGGUCCCGACGAGCCCACCGACAGCAGCGCCACCGUAGUCCCCGCCAAGGACGGCGGGAACACUUCGUCGUGCUCCAUCGACUUGAAGGUCGUCUGGUUCAACUUCGCCGCUCCGCCCCGAACGCCCAUCACGAAGAAAAUCGACUAUACGAGGCUGGACUGGAACCUGCUGAGCACGGCGUCGCCCGCCAUCAACGCGUGGAUGAACCCGUGCAACCGGCUGGGCAUCCGCGUGGUGGCGCUGUACCGCGCGCGCGCGCGCCGCCUGGCCGCCACCGCCGCCAGCCUCAUGGCCUCCGCGCUCGACCGCGCGCCCACGCACACGCUGCCCAAGAGCCGCUACGGGCGGCACACGCCGAUGGCCAAGCAGCUGCGCGAGGAGCCGUCGCUGCAGCUGUGCGGCGUGCUGCUGCGGUACGCGCUGCAGGCGGACGCGGCCGCCGUGCAGGCCGACCUGGCCGAGCGCCACCUGCCCUCGCUGUCCACGCUGCGACAGGGAGUAAUAGUUCUCACACGACAGUGGAAGAAUAUCCUAUACACCCCUCUUCUCCUAGAGCACAACUACAAGAGCAAAGUCAUGAAGCCACUCAACGUUACUUUUGCUUUGCCAGAUUUACUUGAAGACUCGGUAGAAGGCUGGCAAGAGUAUCAGUUCGACAAUGAAGCGCUCGACGAGAACUGCCUUUUAUUAAACAUGGAUGUAGACAAACUUACAAAUCAUAUUCCGGCGCCCGCGGCCGCCCGCGCGCCGCGCCCGCACUCGUACCCAUCCACGCCGCCGUCCGACUAUGGAACGUUGAAAGAGGAUCUACCGACAGUGGGCUCAAACCCGUCGCUGUAUUCUCAAACCAGUCACGACAAUAUCCCCAACGAACGGGCUCGAGAGGACCUCUACCAGUGGAUGGCUAAACAAGAGCCCAUUAAAGUUGAACCAAAGAGCAAGAAGCAGAUGUUGCCAACGGCAAAAAUGAACCCUCGAGUGGUGGCAGCGUCUCUGCCGGCCUGCAGCCUGUACCCUUUGCAGGGCUCGCUAAUGCUACUGGACGCGCACCUGGUGUUCCAGCCCUUCCUGUCCGCGCUCGGGGUCUCGCCGCACCAGGUGGCACACGGCGUUGGAGGUGAAGCGGGUUCAGGAUUGGAUUCCCUUGGGUCCAAACUGUCCCUCUUAGCUUGGGUGGACACGUUUCGCAUCGAUAUCGUGGUGGGUGAACUAGCUCGUGAUCGGAGACAUCAGAGCAGCAAAGGAAAGGCUAACCUUCCUCAUGCGGACAUUCCGUCGGAGACUCCCGCGUUCCUCUGCGAAAAGAUCUCCAUCGACGUGGACCUGAAGAAGGUGGCAGAUAUGGCGGUGGAUGACCUCAUCCAGCGUCAAAACGUGCUCUACAUAUCGCGCGGGCAGCUCAAGAAGCACAUCAGCACCAUGCUUAACUUUAACAUCAGUAUACGCUUCAUAUCGCAGCAGGUGAACAUGCCGCUGCUGCGGCUGCUGCACCAGAUCAGCAACAUGUACCAGAACGUGAAGGACACGCAGAGCGAGCUGCGCACGCAGACCACCUCCUCGCGCAGGCACAACAAGCACCCCUCAGUGGUCGACUUUCCCGAAAAUGUUGCGAGUAUGUCGUCGCUAGAUAAGGAUAGUCAGUACGCGGCGAUGGAGACCAAGUGGGAGUUGCCUCCGCUAGCACCCGAACUGGCCUCACUUGGAGACAAAGAUGUCGAAAAGGACGUGGACAAGGACGUCACGCCGCCACGACCGAGACCACAAUCAUUCGCGCAGAAGCUGAGGUCUACUGGCAAGACUGUCAAAGGGAAGCUUGGUUACAGUUCGCUGAGCGAGGGCGCGCACACGCCGAUGUUCGCGGCGAGCGCGGCGCCGGCGCCCGAGCCGCCGCGCGGCCAGCUGGCGCCGCGCUGCUGGCGCACCGUGUACCUGCUGCUCGACCUGUACGCCAACAUGCCCGACGCCGACACCAUCACGCACAGGUUUUCUGUAUCGACGGAAUUACCGGAGGCGUAUCGCGGUCGAGCGCGACCGAGCUCCCGCGAGCAAAACGCCAGUAAUUCUUCGUCUAGCGCUACGGGCAUGGGAAUUGUCGUGGUUGGAGUGGCCAGAAUCCAUCGAACGCGCCUGCUGGCUUCAUUGUCGGGACUAAAACUAGAGGCGGAGAUAACGUCCCUUCAGGCGUCGCUAUCGGCGUCCCGCGCUCGUCAGUGGUCUCUAAGUGGCAAUUUGGGUCGCACAGCAAUUGUGCUGUUGGAGGGAGCCGCACCCAAUCACCAGACGGUGGUGCGCGUGAGCGUGGGCAAGUCUCAGGCGCUGUACGCGUGGGAGGGCGGGCGGCUGGGCGCCACGGCGCUAGCGGCGGUGGGCGGGGUGCGCGUCGACUUACCGCAGCACCCCGUGGCACUGCACGGGGUCAUGACGCGCUCCAGUCGCCAGCUGUCGUCCACGCUGCAGGAGCUGGGCGUGACGCGCACGGCGUCGCGGCUGUCGCGCGCGGCGCCGGAGGACGAGGCGGGCAGCCCGCCGCCCGCGCCGCGCCCGCCGCGCGCGCCGCGCCCCGCCGCGCCGCUGCCGCCGCCGCUGCAGCUGCAGUUCAGCCUCGUGCUGCAGAGCCUCAGCGUCACGGCCGCGCUGCUGCCGUCGCUGCAGGCGCAGUACAAGAUGGAGCGCGUGCACAGCGCCGGCGUCACGGCCGGCCGCGCCAACUUCACCGUCGACCUGCCGCACCACUCGCUCAGCUUCGUCACCAAGCUGCAGGUGACGGAGGCCAACAUCCCGGCGGCGGCGUCGGUGGCGCUGCCGGCCGUGUCGUGCCGCGCGCGCGUCUGCUUAAAUAAUUCGACUAACUCAUGUGCAGAGGCUCCGGAGGGCGUGGUGUUGCGCGCGGGGCGCUACCUGUCUGCGACUGCGGACAUUGGGCUGUUCGAGCACACGCUUUCCACUGACUUGCUGAACCAUCUUGUAUUUGUUCAGAAAGUUUUUAUGAAGGAAGUGAAUGAAGUAGUCCAAAAAGUGUACGGCGGUGAAAAACCUGUACCGCUAUGGAAUGAAGAAGAGGUGUCUGCGUCUGCCUUCAAUAGGAUACUGUUCUCGCUUCUGAUAAGAAUCAAGCGCAUCCAGCUGACGGCGACGACGCCCAGCAACUCCGCGGUGCGGCUGGAGACCGGCGCCGUGGAGCUGCAGCUGUCCAACCGCGUGCAGAACGUGCCGCAGCCGGCCGGCCCGCACGGCCUGCGACUGUUCGCGCGCGCGCAGGUCGAUGUGAACCUUAGUUUAGGACAACUGAUCAGGAACGCGAUGUUUGAAGAGGCUGAACCGGAAUUCCAACAAUACGCUUUCUUUAACACCAGGAUAGCAAUGCGUAACGCAUUCCAGGACGAAAUAGUCUGUGAAGAAGAUAAAGAAGUAGUCUUAAUAACUUUAAAACGACCGCUCAUCUACAUACAACCAGUAGCCGUGGACAAGGCGAUACUCGUCUGGCUUAAUUAUAAAAACGCUUAUGAAUACUGGAAUGAGAAGCGAAUGAGCCUCAACAAGGAAGUACUUACAGCUACGCAGCAAGUUUUUGAAAAGGUACAAUUGAGUUCAAAUAUUUCAACGCCACAUCUCAGCACGCUAUUCCUACAACUUAACGUGGACGACAUCGGAAUCUGUUUGCCACUUAAUCAACCGCCAUUGUCAUCGUGGUCUCGCGGCGCGCACGAGCUGGAGGGGCGCGGCGCGGUGGUGGUGACGCUGGAGAGCACCAGCAUCUCGGCCUGCAGCUCGGGCUCGCUGGUCAGCAAGGGCCGCUUCGUGGGGCUCUGUUUGCGGUUCGCGGACGACUUUGAGGCCUCGCUCGACGACUGGAAGCCGGACCCCGGCGAGGCCUGCAUCAACGUGUGCAGUGUCUCCGAAGGCACCUACGAGGUCUGCAGUCGCACUACGGCUGCCAAGCACAAUGAAAACGCAAAAUGGUUCUUAAACGUAUCAUGGCAAAUGGAAGGUGUAGAUAUACAUUUGGACGUUAACGUCGGCAAGCAGUUAUCUGCGCUCGGACACACGCUCACCAUGUUGACCGGUUUCGAAGAGGAAGAUACUUUAAAAAUGGACGAUGAAAGUGAUUUAGAUGAUGAAGCGGAUAACAGCAAGGACUCUCAGGAAAGCAUAGUCUUCCGUCGAAAGUACACCGACCACUUGCCGGCGUUCGUGUUCGACACGAGCAUCGACGCCAAGAAGCGGUCGAAGCUGAUCGAGAAGGAGAUGACGGAGCAGGCCAAGAUCAUCAACGACCUGCGCGCGCUGGGCGCCAGCCACAGCACCGUGGAGUACGAGCUGCGGCGCCUGCACGACCUGGAGGCGCUCGUCUUCAAGGACUUCCGCAGGGACAUGCUCCAGAAGCUGCGGCGCCAGAGCGUGCGCGCCAGCUCCAUCACGAAGGGCAAGCUGGGCCUGGGCUCUAAUCGCAGCCGCUCCUUCGUGGCCGCGGCGCCGCCCGGCCUCGCGCCCUUCGACCAAGUGUCGGAGCCGCUGGGCGCGCUGGGCAUGGCGGGCGAGGUGGGCGAGUCGGGCGAGACGCUGCUGCUGGCGGACGACGACUCGCGCCUCGCCGACAUCAUCGAGGGCGCCUCCUGGAGCUCCGCCGACAGCGAGCCGCUCGCCGGUGCGGGCCCCUCGCGGUCGUCGUCCCUGCGGGCGGCGCGCGGCGAGGCCCGUCCCGGCGCGCGCGUCACGUUCUCGGGCGGAGUGCAGCGGCAGAGCUCGCUGCCGGCGCCCUGGCCGCCGCACGAGCGCGAGCACGAGCACAGGCACAGCGGCAGAGCUCGCUGCCGGCGCCCUGGCCGCCGCACGAGCGCGAGCACGAGCACAGGCACAGGUGCGUGUGUAGUAGUGCGCGUCACGUUCUCGGGCGGAGUGCAGCGGCAGAGCUCGCUGCCGGCGCCCUGGCCGCCGCACGAGCGCGAGCACGAGCACAGGCACAGCGGCAGAGCUCGCUGCCGGCGCCCUGGCCGCCGCACGAGCGCGAGCACGAGCACAGGCACAGGUGCGUGUGUAGUAGUGCGCGUCACGUUCUCGGGCGGAGUGCAGCGGCAGAGCUCGCUGCCGGCGCCCUGGCCGCCGCACGAGCGCGAGCACGAGCACAGGCACAGCGGCAGAGCUCGCUGCCGGCGCCCUGGCCGCCGCACGAGCGCGAGCACGAGCACAGGCACAGGUGCGUGUGUAGUAGUGCGCGUCACGUUCUCGGGCGGAGUGCAGCGGCAGAGCUCGCUGCCGGCGCCCUGGCCGCCGCACGAGCGCGAGCACGAGCACAGGCACAGCGGCAGAGCUCGCUGCCGGCGCCCUGGCCGCCGCACGAGCGCGAGCACGAGCACAGGCACAGGUGCGUGUGUAGUAGUGCGCGUCACGUUCUCGGGCGGAGUGCAGCGGCAGAGCUCGCUGCCGGCGCCCUGGCCGCCGCACGAGCGCGAGCACGAGCACAGGCACAGCGGCAGAGCUCGCUGCCGGCGCCCUGGCCGCCGCACGAGCGCGAGCACGAGCACAGGCACAGGUGCGUGUGUAGUAGUGCGCGUCACGUUCUCGGGCGGAGUGCAGCGGCAGAGCUCGCUGCCGGCGCCCUGGCCGCCGCACGAGCGCGAGCACGAGCACAGGCACAGCGGCAGAGCUCGCUGCCGGCGCCCUGGCCGCCGCACGAGCGCGAGCACGAGCACAGGCACAGGUGCGUGUGUAGUAGUGCGCGUCACGUUCUCGGGCGGAGUGCAGCGGCAGAGCUCGCUGCCGGCGCCCUGGCCGCCGCACGAGCGCGAGCACGAGCACAGGCACAGCGGCAGAGCUCGCUGCCGGCGCCCUGGCCGCCGCACGAGCGCGAGCACGAGCACAGGCACAGGUGCGUGUGUAGUAGUGCGCGUCACGUUCUCGGGCGGAGUGCAGCGGCAGAGCUCGCUGCCGGCGCCCUGGCCGCCGCACGAGCGCGAGCACGAGCACAGGCACAGCGGCAGAGCUCGCUGCCGGCGCCCUGGCCGCCGCACGAGCGCGAGCACGAGCACAGGCACAGGUGCGUGUGUAGUAGUGCGCGUCACGUUCUCGGGCGGAGUGCAGCGGCAGAGCUCGCUGCCGGCGCCCUGGCCGCCGCACGAGCGCGAGCACGAGCACAGGCACAGCGGCAGAGCUCGCUGCCGGCGCCCUGGCCGCCGCACGAGCGCGAGCACGAGCACAGGCACAGGUGCGUGUGUAGUAGUGCGCGUCACGUUCUCGGGCGGAGUGCAGCGGCAGAGCUCGCUGCCGGCGCCCUGGCCGCCGCACGAGCGCGAGCACGAGCACAGGCACAGCGGCAGAGCUCGCUGCCGGCGCCCUGGCCGCCGCACGAGCGCGAGCACGAGCACAGGCACAGGUGCGUGUGUAGUAGUGCGCGUCACGUUCUCGGGCGGAGUGCAGCGGCAGAGCUCGCUGCCGGCGCCCUGGCCGCCGCACGAGCGCGAGCACGAGCACAGGCACAGCGGCAGAGCUCGCUGCCGGCGCCCUGGCCGCCGCACGAGCGCGAGCACGAGCACAGGCACAGGUGCGUGUGUAGUAGUGCGCGUCACGUUCUCGGGCGGAGUGCAGCGGCAGAGCUCGCUGCCGGCGCCCUGGCCGCCGCACGAGCGCGAGCACGAGCACAGGCACAGCGGCAGAGCUCGCUGCCGGCGCCCUGGCCGCCGCACGAGCGCGAGCACGAGCACAGGCACAGGUGCGUGUGUAGUAGUGCGCGUCACGUUCUCGGGCGGAGUGCAGCGGCAGAGCUCGCUGCCGGCGCCCUGGCCGCCGCACGAGCGCGAGCACGAGCACAGGCACAGCGGCAGAGCUCGCUGCCGGCGCCCUGGCCGCCGCACGAGCGCGAGCACGAGCACAGGCACAGGUGCGUGUGUAGUAGUGCGCGUCACGUUCUCGGGCGGAGUGCAGCGGCAGAGCUCGCUGCCGGCGCCCUGGCCGCCGCACGAGCGCGAGCACGAGCACAGGCACAGCGGCAGAGCUCGCUGCCGGCGCCCUGGCCGCCGCACGAGCGCGAGCACGAGCACAGGCACAGGUGCGUGUGUAGUAGUGCGCGUCACGUUCUCGGGCGGAGUGCAGCGGCAGAGCUCGCUGCCGGCGCCCUGGCCGCCGCACGAGCGCGAGCACGAGCACAGGCACAGCGGCAGAGCUCGCUGCCGGCGCCCUGGCCGCCGCACGAGCGCGAGCACGAGCACAGGCACAGGUGCGUGUGUAGUAGUGCGCGUCACGUUCUCGGGCGGAGUGCAGCGGCAGAGCUCGCUGCCGGCGCCCUGGCCGCCGCACGAGCGCGAGCACGAGCACAGGCACAGGUGCGUGUGUAGUAGUGCGCGUCACGUUCUCGGGCGGAGUGCAGCGGCAGAGCUCGCUGCCGGCGCCCUGGCCGCCGCACGAGCGCGAGCACGAGCACAGGCACAGUGCGCGUCACGUUCUCGGGCGGAGUGCAGCGGCAGAGCUCGCUGCCGGCGCCCUGGCCGCCGCACGAGCGCGAGCACGAGCACAGGCACAGGUGCGUGUGUAGUAGUGCGCGUCACGUUCUCGGGCGGAGUGCAGCGGCAGAGCUCGCUGCCGGCGCCCUGGCCGCCGCACGAGCGCGAGCACGAGCACAGGCACAGCACGCCACCGGACGGACCUGGACCGAAUCAACCGGAAAGCAAGCAGAGCAAAGCAAAGACUGCCGAGCCCAAUAUCGACUUCGAGCUGGACGUCAAGGUGCACAUCAACAGCGGAAAGUGCGUGCUACACACUAAGGAAUCCUCUCGAGAAGAAGAAAUGAAAAUCGGCAGCAGCGGCAGCAGCGCGCGCGCGCGCGUGGGCCGCUCGUCGUCGGGCGGGCUGGACGCGCGGCGCGCGCGCCUGCCGCCGCCGCCCGACCUCACCGUGUUCCAGGUGCCCGGCCUGCAGCUCAAGGUGCACUACGAAUCAAAGACUCUCCCCGAGGAAUCGGUGUCGCCGCAAACGAUACCAACAAUGCCCCUAAACCCCAACGUUCGGAAAGUCGGAAAUAAGAAAGCAGCACUAUUCGCGUGGAUUACACUGCAGAGCAUACCCGAAGAGACAAUCAUCAGCCCACAUAUCUUGGAAUUCCUGGAGCAAACGCUCGAACCGAUACCCACGAAGGCCUUUACCCCUCCAACGCCAGGUAGGUCAAAAAAUAUUUUAAUCGAAUCAAAAAAUACAAAUUUACUAACGUACGCGUCGUUCCCGGUGGACGUCAUCGUGCACUUCCACACGCGGCCGUCCGCCUUCCGCUUCAGCUGCCUGCCCGCCUCGCGCGUGGAGUGCCUGCUGCAGCUGCCCAGCCUGCAGAUCGUCUUCAGCUCCAAGCGCGCCGGCGACGAGUGAGUGCCUGCCCUCCGCACUGCGUCUCAUGGCACUGGAACUAUGGCAGAGCCAGCGAUCGCCAUGGGUGGUCUCAGCGUAACAGGAUGUCUAGCAGAUUUCUCCGUGUAUAUUUUCCAUCCGUAUGGUGGCAAAAAGUCCAGCCUGAAAGAAGCGCAGUGGUCACCGCUAGCUGACACGGAGCGCAAGGACUCGCUCUCCGUCAACGUGGAGUUCGUCAAGUUCCAUCUGUCCCGCUUCAGAAAGCUAGAUUUCCAGACAGACCAGGAUCAGUCCAAAGCUACAGUUAGGUUUUCAACGAUCGUGGACGUGGGUUCGGCGUGGUUCAAGUACGACAUGCGGCGACUGAGCGAGAUCCUGGCCUUCCCCAAGGCCUGGUACCGUCGCAGUAUUGUGCGCCGACUGUUCCUGGGGGAUGUCAGCGUGCCGCGUCCGAAUGAAGGAUCAUCAAGUAACAACGCUCCAGUGUCUCCGGUGUUACCAACUCGAGAAAAAACGAAAAUAAACGAAUCUCAGAAGCCUAAAGGUAAGUCUGCGACUCAUCGACUUUCCUCACAUGGCGUCUUUCACUCACAUUUGUACUCUACACAUUACAAGAACGAGUCGGAGGGUGCAGCGUGGGAGACGCUGGUGCUGUUCGCUGUCAAUUUCGAAAGACUCAACGUGCACAUGAACAUGGGCAACGUCAUGGGGAACGUCAGCUGGCAGUCCCGGUCGCUGGGCGCGCGCGGUCGGCUAAGCAUCGGCAGCGCGCGGCGGCGCUCGGUGGCGGGCCGCCUGGCGCUGGGCGGCGCGGCGCUGGAGGCGCGCGGCGGCAUCGUGGGCGGCUCCUUCGCGCUGGCCGGCGCGCGCCUGCACGCGCUGCUGCAGCAGGAGCCGCCCGCGCACUGCGCCGCGCUGCGCCUGGCCGCGCUGGAGCUGCGCCUGGACUACAUGGGCGCGCCCGCGCUGCUGGCGCGCCUGUCGCGGGCCCACGCGCGCCUGGCCGACCGCUGGCGCCGCGCCGCGCGCCCGCGCCCGCCCAGCGUGCUGGCGCACGGCUCGCUGGCGUGGCACCAGCUGCAGCUGCUGCUGAGCCGCAGCACCACGCCCGAGCUGCUCAAGAUGCAGCUCAAGCUGGAGGAGUUCUUCACGCAGCAGUUCAAGUCGGGCAAGCGCGUCUUCUCCUCGCUGCACUCCGCGCACGCGCCCGCGCCGCGCGCCCGCGACCGCCGCGACCGUGAGUAUCCACCGGCCGCCGUAUUGCUGCUGCCUGCAGGCGCGAGUGCAGGUGCGAGUGCAGGUGCAGGUGCAGGUGCAGGUGCAGGUGCAGGCGCGGGGGCGGGCGAGCUGCGGCACCACCGGCACUGGCAGCGCGUGCUGCGGCUGGUGUGCGGCGCGCCGCAGGCGGAAGGUACAGUGCUGGGCGGCACGCUGGAGCUGCAGGGCUCCAACAUCUCGCUGGCGUGCUUCCACGGAAACAGUCUGAAGGCCAAGUCGUGGGCGCUCUUCAGCCUCAAGGACCCCUGCAUCAGUUUCGCCACUGAAGCGCAGCAGAUCGAUAAAGACGAUGGCCCGAGCACGCUGUGCGUGCAGUCGCUGACGGCCAGCCUGGGCGCGGGCGGCGCGGCGGGCGGCGCGGGCCACCAGUCGCUGGCCACGGUGUGCCGCAUGUCGCGCACCGUGCUGUUCCCGCCGCAGUUCAAGACGCUGCACGAGUGGUUCCACUACGCCUUCGCCGACAGCGAGAUCGACGCCAUCGACCAGUUCCCGUCGCUGGAGCGCGAGAGCACGGGCACGACGGGCAGCACCGGCAGCGCGGGCGGCGGCGCCAAGGCGGCGGAGCGGCACGCGCGCGAGGUGAUCUUCGCGCUGCCCGCGCUGCAGCUGCACCUGCGCACCAGCCACCUGCAGGCCGCGCGCCCGCCCACCGAGCACGGUCGGUCCCGCGCACACCACACGACACCACAUGAAAAGCCAAUAGUAGAGUGCAGCUUCAUCACGGAGUUCGAGGACCACAUCUUCGUGUCGGUGGACGCGGAGGCCUUCCUGUUCCUGCACGAUCUCAUCUCCUCCUACAUCAAGGAGAAGGAACGAUUUUCGUAUAUUAAUAUUUAUCCCCAUUCGCCCCAGAUGCCGGGCCGCGCAAGCGGUGCGAGCAGCGCCGCCACGGUGGAGCUGGCGCCGCCGCAGGACUACCGUGACUACCGCUGCCUCACCUGGCACCUGGAGCCCACUGUGCGACUGCUGUCGUGGGCCGGCAAGUCCAUCGAGCCGUACGGCGUGGACUACAUCCUGCAGAAGCUGGGCUUCAGCCACGCGCGCACCACCAUCCCCAAGUGGCUGCAGCGCGGCGCGCUCGACCCCGCCGACCGCCUGCUGGCGCUGGUGCUGGCGCGCCUCGUGGCGCUCGUGCCGCCCGCCCACAGCGCCUCGCCCGCCCCCGCCGCGCCGCCCGCCCCCGCCGCCCCAGCCGCCUCCGAGCCGCACGCGCCCUAA